ACUGGGAAAAGGUGUGGCCCGUGGCUGUUCAUGACCAGUAAUACAGGAAAGGUGUACACACGGAGUUAGAAAGGCAGAGAGAAACAGACAGAGGUGAUCAGGACUCAACAGAAGCAACAGGACUCAGAGAUGCAUAACAACCCCUCUCAUAUAAACUACGGAUUUCAUUAUGGAGAAGAAAGACCUCCCGUACAAGCGCCUGGAUAUCCACCGCCGAUUUAUCCCACCGUACCUCUGUACUCGAACGCAGCACCUGCACCCAUCAACACGCACUACACCGUCACAUCGGGGCUUCCUCAUACCCCAGCGGGACGCAAAGUCAGCAGAAAUCGAUGUCUGUGCAUAACAGCAGCAGUUAUCUUCAUCUUCAUCAUCCUGGCAGUAGCGGCCGUGUUGCUCUGGUACUUCUUAGCCGGAGCGUGCGUGACGGGCCGGACGUGUGGUCGGAGCAGCACGUGUGUGCGCUCGUCGCAGUGGUGUGAUGGACGGGCGGAUUGUCCAGCAGGCGAGGACGAGGCCCAGUGCUUUCGUUUAUACGGUCCUAAUUCCAUCCUGCAGAGUUUUUCAAACGAAGACCAGAAAUGGAAGGUAGUGUGUUCAGACAGGUGGAACGACAACACUGGGAAGCAAGCUUGUAAGGAGAUCGGAUAUUCCAGUUCUGACUAUGUUAGUUAUGGGACAAUAGAUCCAGGUUCCAGCGCAGGAGACGGCUACAUGACCCUCAAAUCUGAUUACUCAAACGUACUCAACUCUGAGCCUGUACAUAGCUCUCUCUCGAACAGUGCGAGAUGCCAAACGAACACAGUGGUGACCCUGAAGUGUAUCGAUUGCGGAAAGUCUCUCGCUCCGGGAACGCGCAUCGUCGGAGGGGAAGUGGUGAAUAACCUGGGACGCUGGCCAUGGCAGGUCAGUCUGCAGGCCAGGGGGAGUCACACGUGUGGAGGAUCGAUCAUCACUCCAUCAUGGAUCGUCACCGCUGCUCACUGCGUUCAGUCACUUUCAUCUCCAAGUCAGUGGAAGGUGUACGCCGGGUAUCUGACCCUGAGCCAGAUGAAAUCCGCCAUCGGCAACUCGGUCAUGCUGAUCAUCUCUCACCCCGGCUUUGACACCGAUAACAAUAACGAUAUUGCUCUGAUGAAACUGUGGACGCCACUCCAAAUAUCGUCUAGCAUUAAACCAGUGUGCUUGCCGAACACCGGUCUCGACUUGUCAACAUCAAGAACAUACUAUGUUACUGGAUGGGGGGCGACCAGGAGUCAAGGUUCUGCCUCUAACGAGUUACGUGAGGCUCAGGUCUCGCUGAUUAGCAGGACGGUGUGUAACAGCCAGCAGGUUUAUAACGGCCAAAUCACGGACACCAUGAUCUGCGCAGGCAAGCUGGAGGGUGGAGUGGACUCGUGCCAGGGGGACAGCGGUGGGCCUCUGGUCACUUCGGAGAAUUUUCUGUGGUGGCUGGUGGGAGAUACUAGCUGGGGUCAGGGCUGCGCUAUUCAAAACCGGCCGGGUGUUUAUGGAAACGUGACCACCCUCCUCGACUGGAUUUACACGCAAAUGAAGAAAUAUUAAUUUGAAGUCUGGGCAAAAUGGAUGGACCUCAUGGACCUUCAUUUCCGAGGAACUUCAUGAAGGAUAAUUUUGAAGAUGUUUAUAUUUAUAUAUCCUGUGGAUUAGCAGUAUUCCCUAAUCGUUUAUGUUCAAUGAAUUCUAUUUUUGUAUAAGGUGGUUUUAUUUGUUCCUUUUUUUUCUUUUUUUUUAAGGAAAUUUUGACUAAAGCUAAUGUCAGAUGUCUCGUGUUUGUGGUUUUAAACACUUCAACUAUUUAUUGUAAAAAAAAAAAAAAAAAAAAAAAAAAAAAAAAACACCUUAAUGACUAACCUGUUUAGGUUGUUUUUAAGCACCGUGUCAGAUACAUUAAAUCAAAUGUACGAAUCAGUGUGUUGCGCUCCAGGUAGCCGACGUGUUUUUUAAGACUGUCGUGAAAGCAAAUUGACUUGCGCUUUAUUUGCACAAGCCGUUUUUUUUCUCCACACACUACCCCUGAGCACAGCGAGUUCGGAAACGGGGCGGGAGUGGCCGAGAAAGUGGCUUUGAUUCUCUUCCUGCGCUGAUGGUAUUUCUCCAUAAAGACAGUUUAUGAUUUUAUGUAGCAGAUUUUAUAUACCCUUUAAAAACCCAAGACACUUCUAAAACAUAAGGUGUGUGUUUAUAAAAAUGAAUAUGAUUGUAGAAUUCCCUCUGUUUCUGUACAAACAGUAUGAAUUAAAAUUAUUAUUGUAUAUGUGUGUGUGUAUACACAUAUAUAUACACUCAAAUCUUAACUGUACUCCUCCUUACAGUAUGGGUUUAAUCCCAAUCUUGGAUUAGGUCAGUAUACUCCUGAAGCCUCCACUCCAUUCGAAUUAAACAGAUGCUUAAAUACGUUUA